GGCUCCGUGCGCGGACCCGGGAGCCCGCCGCGCUGCCCGCAUUCCUGCUGCCCGCCCCGGCCCGGCCCGGCCCCGGCCCCGGCCCCGGCCCCGGCCCCGCUCCCGGCACCCGCGGCCGGCCCAGCCCCUCCGGAGCACGGAGCAGCAGGUUGUCGUGUAUCCGUGGGGGCUCAGGGUCGGAGCCCAGAGCAGCCAGCACCAUAGCGUCCAACAGCUGGAACGCCAGCGGCAGCCCUGGGGAGGGGCGGGAAGAUGGCCAGGACGGCAUGGACAAGAGUCUGGACAAUGAUGCCGAGGGUGUGUGGAGUCCAGACAUCGAGCAGAGCUUCCAGGAGGCGCUGGCAAUCUACCCACCCUGUGGCCGAAGGAAAAUCAUCCUCUCAGAUGAGGGCAAGAUGUACGGUCGUAACGAGCUGAUCGCCCGCUACAUCAAGCUGCGAACGGGGAAGACACGGACAAGGAAGCAGGUGUCCAGCCACAUACAGGUUCUAGCUCGGAAGAAGGUGCGGGAGUACCAGGUUGGCAUCAAGGUCUCUAGCCACUUGCAGGUUCUUGCCCGACGGAAAUCUCGUGAGAUUCAGUCCAAGCUGAAGGCCAUGAACUUGGACCAGGUCUCGAAGGAUAAGGCUCUGCAGAGCAUGGCUUCCAUGUCCUCGGCGCAGAUUGUGUCGGCCAGUGUCCUGCAGAACAAGCUCAGCCCCCCCCCUCCUCUUCCUCAGGCCGUCUUCUCUGCUGCCCCCAGGUUUUGGAGUGGGCCUAUCCCAGGACAGCCUGGACCCUCUCAGGACAUUAAACCGUUUGCACAACCAGCUUACCCCAUCCAGCCACCCAUGCCUCCAUCACUAGCCAGUUACGAGCCCUUGGCUCCACUCCCGCCAGCUGCCUCGGCCGUGCCGGUCUGGCAGGACCGCACCAUCGCCUCCACCAAGCUCCGGCUCCUCGAGUACUCUGCCUUCAUGGAGGUGCCCCGGGAUGCUGAAACGUACAGCAAACACCUCUUCGUGCACAUUGGCCAGACGAACCCCUCAUACAGCGACCCGCUGCUGGAGGCCGUGGACAUCCGCCAGAUCUACGACAAGUUUCCUGAGAAGAAAGGUGGCCUCAAGGAGCUCUAUGAGCGUGGGCCCCAGAACUCCUUCUUUCUCGUCAAGUUUUGGGCGGAUCUGAACAGCACGAUCCAGGAUGGGCCAGGGACCUUCUAUGGUGUCAGCAGCCAGUACAGCAGUGCAGAGAACAUGACCAUCACAGUCUCCACCAAAGUGUGCUCCUUUGGGAAGCAGGUCGUGGAGAAGGUGGAGACGGAGUAUGCACGGCUGGAGAAUGGCCGGUUCGUCUACCGCAUCCACCGGUCUCCCAUGUGCGAGUACAUGAUCAACUUCAUCCACAAACUCAAGCACCUCCCAGAGAAGUACAUGAUGAACAGUGUCCUGGAGAAUUUCACCAUCCUGCAGGUUGUUACGAACAGGGAUACCCAGGAAACCUUGCUCUGCAUUGCCUUUGUUUUCGAGGUCUCCACCAGUGAGCACGGCGCCCAACACCACGUCUACAAGUUGGUCAAGGACUAGGGGCCCUUGGGGACAGGCAGGGGCACAAGGGGCAUGCAGGGGAGGGAGGGGGGGCUGUGCAGAAAAGCCACCCGUGCCUGUUGCCUUGUGAGAAGUCAUUUGAAGACAGGUGGAGAAGGAGGAGGAAGAAAAACAAUAGCCAAAAAAGACUGACUUGUGAAUGCAGAUGUUUUCUACUUAGGAACAAUUUCUUUUUUUCUUUUUUUUUUAAUAAAUAAAAUUACCAAAAAAAAAACCAAAAAAAAAAAAAAGAA